AUGAGUCUGCAGAGGUUAUUGGAUUUUCUCAGCUUUAUGGAGCUGGUGAAUAUUGAAGAGUUUUGCCGCCACAAGCCCUGCUGUCCACCCUGCUUCUCUGUGUGGUGCUGCGGUUCGUGCAGACCCAGGGAGGCCACCGUGAACGCGGCUGGAAGAGGAUGCAGGUUAACACAACUAGUCCCCAAAAUCAAAGGCUGCGAGAAGCCACCCAAAUUCUAUCAGUGCAACCGCCAGUGUGAAGCUCACCGAAACUGCCAAGCAAAUAACUGCUGUUCAACAUUCUGUGGGAACAUCUGCAUGAGCCUCCUGUGAGUGGGAGGGUGGGUCAUGCUUCCUGCUCCCCACAAUCCCCCACUCACAGACUAAGUACACAUCAGAAGCACAAGGAUCUCAAAUCAAGGAUCCUAGGAUGUCAGUGAGAGUGCUGCCCUCCCCGUUGUUUGUACCCCACAACCCUGUCAAAAAAAAACCAGGACAGAUACCCAAAGACUUGUCUCUUUCAUUCCCACUGCUAUGAACACUGAGAAAGCAGCACAGCCCCCUCAUGUGCCUGCCCUUCUCUGCACCAGUCUCCACUCUCUCCCUGGUCUUGUUUCUCUACUUCUUUCCUGCCCCACACACCCCUCCAGCCCUGGGAGGCUCAGCUACAGUGGCUCCGCUCACUAAACCAGUUCUACCAAGGUGAAAACUGCUCAUGGGUAGCAUCCACCAAUUCUGAGUAGAACAUUCCUCACCCUGGAGUCAGAAAGAUCAGCUAAGCAUGAGCUAGGAGGAGGCAGAACUGGAGCAGAUGCCGCCCAAGGACUGCUUCUUCUUCUUCAGCCCUGGUCACCCUUGCCCUGUUCUCCCCAGUCUCCUUCUGAGGUUCAGAUUAGGGUUUCUUUACAAUGGGGAUAAUAAAUCCAGGGAAGUUAAAUGACACGCUCUAGUUCAAAGAGAAUGAGAGGGUAUGAUGGGACUAGAGGAUAUUUCCUCUGAAUUCUCUUUUUGCUCACUUCUCUUCAUUACCUGAGUCCCGAGACACACUUGUGCUUGCCUACACAAACCACAAACCUCAUCCUAUCCAUCACACACAAAUGUGGCCACUCCCGUGUUGGGGCCUGUGUUGGUGAUCGGGAUCUGAAACUCCAGCGUCUUCCAUUAGAUGAACGUUCCCUACUUUUCUCAAUACUCUUCCCUACGAUCUCAUUUUCUUCUCUUUUGAU